GCCUCCCACUCCCAAAAACCCAGACGUUUACUAAAUGCAUUAAAGUUGACCGGUAAGGUUCCCGGUAAAACCACCCCCACACCUCCACUUGCCCCAUAUAAAAUUCAUUGAACUCUCCGAACUCCGACCAUAUUUUCGACUCUCUCUUAUCGAAAAAAUGGAGGUGGAAACUCAGACACAAACCCUCCCAACCUUCGACAAUCCUCCGUUUUCUUACUCCGUCACCGCGCUCGGUUCCCGCGACUUCCGCAGCUCUGAAAUGUCUGGCGUUGGCCCGAAAUGCUUGGCCCCCGAUGUGCUUCACGGGGCGCCAGCGGGUGACACGGAUGCGCCGGUGGGCGAGAGGUCGGAGUCGACGGCGGCGGUGAAGGUUCAGAAGCUGUAUCGGAGUUACCGCACCCGGCGCAGGUUAGCCGACUCCGCCGUCGUCGUUGAAGAAUACUGGUGGCAAGCGAUAGAUUCCUGGAGAUUGAACCGCAGCACGAUUUCGUUCUUUGAUCACGGCGAAUCUGUGGCUAAACGUUGGAACCGUGUCGGCAAGAAUGCUUCUAAGGUUGGCAAGGGGCUAUCCAAAGACGCCAAAGCACAGAAAUUGGCUUUUCAGCAUUGGAUUGAAGCUAUUGAUCCGAGGCAUAGGUAUGGGCAUAGCUUGCAUGUGUAUUAUGAAGAGUGGUCUAAAGCAGAUGCUGGUCAGCCAUUUUUUUACUGGUUGGAUGUAGGAGAUGGAAAAGAGCUUGAGCUGAAAGAAUGCCCGAGAUUGAAGCUUCGACAACAAUGCAUCAAGUAUCUUGGACCUCAAGAGAGAGUGCAUUAUGAAUACAUUGUCGAGGAAGGGAAACUUAUUCACUCGCAAACCGGAGAGCUUCUUCAUACAAAGGAUGGAUCUCCGGGAGCUAAGUGGAUAUUCGUUAUGAGCACCUCUAAGAGACUCUAUGCUGGCGUUAAAAAGAAAGGGGUUUUCCAUCAUUCUAGCUUCUUGGCUGGAGGAGCAGCGAUAGCUGCUGGAAGGCUAGAGGCAGAGAAUGGAGUUCUGAAGUCAAUCUCUGCAUAUAGCGGGCAUUACCGGCCAACAGAUGAAAGGCUUGAUACCUUUUUAUCAGUUCUAAAGGAUAACGGGGUGAACCUUGACGAAGUUCAGAUACGCAAGGCCACUGACGAUUCUGAUAGCUAUGAUGGUGGCAAGUCUAAUGGUGGGAGUACAUUUAGAAUGCCAACCAACUUUGAAACUCCUCAACCGGAGAUUCCAGAAGAAGUGGAGAAAACCCAAUCCGCAGAAUCCACUGAACUUCCACAAGCGGAACCCAAAACUGAGUACAAGAGGACUUUAUCCGGUGGUCUUCAUAGUCCAAGAACUGAGGUCCCUCAGAAAAAGAUACUGCAGAGGAUCAACUCCAAGACCUCAGUGAAAUCAUACCAACUCGGGCAUCAGCUAUCGCUCAAGUGGUCAACAGGAGCUGGCCCGAGAAUCGGUUGUGUUGCUGACUAUCCGGUAGAGCUGAGAACGCAGGCCUUAGAGUUUGUUAACCUAUCUCCGAGAUCUCCCCCAACGCCAUCCUACAGGCGGUUCGGUGGUCUCACAUCACCUACAUCGAAUCUCACAUCACCAACGUCUGGUUUCACAUCACAUACGUCGAAUUCCACCACGGAUGUCAAUAACGUUGAUUAGACAGUCAUCUGGUGAUUGAACUGCACCAAUCAUCAUCAUCAUCAGUUUUAUGCACCAUCUCUAAUGGAUGUUUUAGAGAAUGUGGUAUAGAUCGUCAACUUCCUGUCAAACUUAAAUUUUUGACAUUAAUCGUUAGGAGCAUUUUCUUCUUACUUAGUCAUGUUUUCUUGGAGUCACUGCUGUUUCUGUUUAGUUCGUUGUAGUGACAAGUAACCUGUAACUGGGUGAAGUCUGAUAUUUUGUUUCGGAUUUUUUACCUGGAAAUGUCCUUGACGUUUGAGAAACUCA